AUGAGCAGAGGAAUAACAAAGACCGAUCUUCGAUACCCCCGCCUGCAACGACUCCGAACACCCAAUCGGUUACGGCAUCUGACGCGGGAUGCACAUGAAGACACGCCAUGCCUUUACCAUGAGUUUAUCUUUAUCCCGCAGACGCACUCUCCACACUCACUCCAAACUAGGGUCGUUGGCAAAGUUUUGAACAAUAACAAUGGUGUUCAUAGUGAUCUUCCCCUGAACUUGACUCCGGUUGCAGUGGCCAACGACGAGGAAACAAAGUUCUGUGGGAACUGUGCCUUUGAACCGACGGUUUCGUUCGAUCCCAGUCAAUUUCCAGAGAAAUUAGAGCCCUCCUCAAUGAUUAUUAAUUCGCCUCGGAUGCCACAAUCCAGAGACGGUUCAACAAAGCAACAGUUCAGAUGUCCAAAAUGCUAUAGAAGACGAAACUUCCGCACGAAACAAAGCCGAAUCGGCAGAACUGUUUGA